GCAAACCACCGUGCGUGCAAAGACAUCCUCCCACCCUGCUCCUCUUCCUCCCUGCUCCCAGGGAAGAGCUUCCAGCAAACUGAGCUGCUGCUCACUCUGGUCUGUCUUGACCUCCUGCACUGAGGAGGCAGGAUGCAACCUGAAUUUUGGCUGGGGAUCAGCACCCUGGCAGCAGUGCUGAGCACAGCCCUGCUGGAGAAUGGAGUCUGCCGGGCACCAGAUGGCAAGGAUGGCUUCCCUGGAGUCCCUGGGCGCGAUGGGAGGCCAGGGCAGAAGGGUGACAUGGGAGAGCCAGGGAGACCAGCGCCAAGGACGGGCAUCCAGGGACCCAAAGGGGAUGCAGGCGAACCCGGCCCUCCUGGCAUUCCAGGGAACCGUGGCCUCCCUGGCCCCCCUGGCUUCAUUGGGAUGCCAGGGCUGCCAGGGUUCAAGGGGGAGAAGGGGGGACCCGGCAAUACCCUGGAGCAACCACGCCCUGCCUUCUCCGCCUCGCGGAGGUCCCCACCAUCCAUGGGCAGGACGGUGGUGUUCGACAACAUCAUCACCAACGAGGAGAACUCCUACAGCCCCCAGACGGGGCAGUUCACCUGCCGCAUCCCCGGGCUCUACUACUUCGCCUACCAGGUGGUCUCCAGCGGGGACCUGUGCCUGAGCAUCACCAAGAACAGGGAGAAUGUCGUCAGCUUCUGCGACAACAACAGCGUCGGCGUCCUGCAGGUGAACUCGGGCAGCAGCGUCCUCAACCUGGCCCCGGGCGACCAGGUGUCCGUGACCACCAACCCCACCCGGGGCAGCUCAAUCUACAGCGGCUCUGAGGCUGACAGCGUCUUCAGUGGCUUCAUGCUCUUCCCACAGACAGCCCUUCCUGUUGCAGUGGCACAAGUGCAGGUCUCACUAGACAGCCAAGAAAGUGCUCACUCAGCAGAAACAACCAGGCAGAAGGAUGGUCUGUCCCUGUGCAGUGACUGCCACGGCCAGAGGGACCAGCAGCACAGAGUCCUGUCCCCUGCUCCCCACCAGAGAACCAAAAUGGAGCAGAGAUUCUGGGAGCAGCUCAGUCUGGCCCUCACCCUCCUCCUCCUGAAUGUGGGCUCUGCUGUGAAUGGAGAUGCCCCUCUCAACUGCUAUGGAGCUCCAGGCCUGCCAGGAAUGCCAGGUGUACCGGGCAAGGAUGGCCGGGAUGGGCUGAAGGGAGCCAAAGGGGAGCCAGGUAUCCCAGCUCCUCCUGCAAUGCAAGGGCCCAAGGGCAUGAAAGGGGAACCGGGCAGCCCUGGCUUGCCAGGUAAGAAGGGUCCCAGUGGCCUUCCUGGUCCCGCUGGAGACCCUGGGGUGAUGGGCCCACCUGGAGAGCCAGGAAUGCCAGGCAGCUACAAGCAGAAGCACCAGUCAGCGUUCUCAGUGACGAGGCAGACCAAGGAGCACCCCUUGAAGAACGUCCCUGUGAUUUUCAACCACGUCAUCACCAACACCAACCACGACUACAACACCACCACGGGCAAGUUCACCUGCAAACUCCCCGGGCUCUACUACUUCGUCUUCCACACCUCACAGACAGCCAACCUCUGCACCAUCCUGCACAAGAACCAGAGGAGGAUGGCCAGCUUCUGUGACCACAAGACCAACACCAUGCAGGUCAGCUCGGGGGGGCUCCUGCUCCACCUGGAUGCUGAGGACCAGGUCUGGCUGGGAGUGAACGACUACAACGGCAUGGUGGGCAUCGCCAACUCUGACAGCAUCUUCUCAGGGUUCCUGCUCUUCCCAGUUCAGCCAGGUGUCCUGGGGCUGCAGCAGCCCCUUUGCCACGACCUGGCCGUGGAAAGUGUCAAUAAAUCCUUCCCCAGUGGGUCUGGUAUAGGGGGGCAUCUGAGCAGGACCCAGGGACCUGGGUCUGCUGAGCUGGCAGGGAGCAUUCGUGGAGGAUGUGAAACUGCCACGGACAAAAGGGCAGGAGCUAAAGAUAAAAAAAUGGGAUGUGUCCCAGACCCUUUCACAAUAACUCCUGCAGCCAGCUUCUGCUUCUCCUCGCAGCCAUUUCCAACCAGGACGCUGGUGUGUCCCACUCCAUCUCCCCACCCAAGCAACAAGGAGCUCAAGAUGUGGAUCGUGUGGGUGAUGCUGAUCUGCCUGGCUGAAGGGCAACUUGCCAGUGCCACGCUCUGCAAGACCUACGGCACCAUCCCAGGCAUCCCAGGGUCACCAGGACAACCUGGCAGCAAUGGCAGAGAUGGGGAGAAUGGCCCAAAGGGCGAGCAAGGACCUCCUGGUCGGGCGGAGCACGAAGGAGAGCUGGGGGAGAAGGGAGACCCGGGAGAGCCAGGGUACCCGGGGAAGGUCGGCCCCAGGGGCCCACCAGGCGCCAGGGGAUUACCAGGUCUCAGCGGAUUACCUGGCCCGCCGGGGGACUCUGGAGACUACCAGGCCACCCUCAAGUCUGCCUUCUCCGCUGCCAGGAGCAUCAGCACCUACCCCCGCCGGGAGCAGCCCGUCCGCUUCGACCGCGUGGUCACCAACGAGAGGGGGCACUACGAGAACCGCUACGGCCGCUUCAUCUGCCGCGUCCCCGGCAUCUACUACUUCACCUACCACGUCACCUCCAGGGGCAACCUGUGCCUCAGCUUCAAAAAGGGACGGGGCGGCAGCAGGGGUGAGAAGGUGGUGACCUUCUGUGACUACGUGCACAGCAGUUUCCAGGUCACCACGGGCGGCGUGGUCCUCAAGAUGGCAAUGAACGAGUCUGUCUGGCUGGAGCCGACGGAGAAGAACUCGCUGGUGGGGAUCGAGGGGUCCGACAGCAUCUUCUCCGGCUUCCUCAUCUUCCCUGAGGCUUAGCCCACUGGCGGUGUCUCUGCAGCCCCCUCUGCAGGGCUGAGGACUCCCCUGCGAAUGACUCUCGGCUCCCAAAUCGGUGCCCCAAGUGCAUUGCUGACAUUCUCGCCCAUUAAAUGACAGCUUUUUUGCGUUGUCGGUCCC